AGCGACGACGUUAUAAAAAUAUGUCGAUAUUUCAAUGACUCGCUGUCGAUUCACGGUCUUCUGCUUGGACGUGUCGUUCACCCUCGAGUUUGUCUGUUAUGUAAUGCCAAUAAGCAGUAACAUCAUCAGUGCGCCGGUAACUGUAGACAAGACAAUAGAAAAAAAAGUUGAUCAUACUAAAAACUCUUCACCAUUGCAGAAUAAGAAAUUAACGUUUAACGUAAGAGGCAAAUCUGCUACCACUAAUGCGGAACGAGAACGCGAAGGUAACCAGUUCCUGACGAUUGCACCAGCUCUGCCAAUCCUACCUGGAGCUCCGGUACCACCAAAACUCACUAAAAGGUCUUACAGUACACUCAGCUCAACGAGUGCCAACUUCAACGUCGAAGAUGCCGAAGUUGGAGGCUGCGAUGCGGUUACCUUGCAACAGGCUGGUGAAGGCAGGGCGGUUGUGGCGACGAGGACGUCGACGGAACGUGAAAAAAAUCCUGACAGGAUAUGCCUGGACAGACGGGGAUUGACGACGUUCCCGAACAUCAUCGGCGAGACCAGGCUGCGUCUCCUCUCAUUGCAGCACAAUCUCAUAGUGAAGAUCGAGGGGGAGAAUUUUUUACAGCUUACGAAACUCGUUUUUCUCGACCUUUAUGAUAAUCAAAUUGAACGGGUCAGCAAUCUUGAUCAUCUUGAGAAUCUGCGUGUCCUGCUGAUUGGUAAAAAUCGUAUAAAGAAGAUCGAAGGCUUGAAGCAAUUGGAAAAAUUGGAAGUCUUGGAUUUACAUGGGAAUCAAAUCGUUCAGAUCUCCGGUCUAGGAGAGCUGACGUCGUUGAAAGUUCUUAAUCUUGCUGGAAAUAAUAUUAAGACUAUUGGUUGUAAUGAUUUUCAAGGUCUGACAUCCUUGAAGGAAUUAAAUCUGAGGCGCAACAAAAUCAAAAAGUUAUUGGGCUUCGGGGAGACGACCCAGCUGCAGAAAUUGUACCUGAGUAACAAUGACAUCCAAAAGAUCGAGGAUAUUGGAAGUUUGGCGAAGGCGUUGCAGCUGCGCGAAGUGACCAUAGACGGGAAUCCGGUGACCUUGAAUGCAGAUUGCGUUUCCUUUCUGGUCUCUUAUUUACCGAAUCUUCAAAUUUUAUCAACGAUGCAAGUGAAUGAACAGGUGCGAAGAGCUGCCAUGGCUUGGCGAACUACUAAGGAACAAUCAAAUUCUGCUUUCCUUGACCUCAGUACUCAGGUCUGCGUAAACGUUAGACGCGAGGAGGUAAUCUCUAACGCAAAAACGAACUGGGAACUUUUAAGAUCGCAGACUAAAUGCUUUGCGAGUAACGCUAGUAAAACGAAUAAUAUCAAAAGUGAUCACGUGCGUGGUCUGCAGCUCCAGAGUUCGAAUAAAUUUGAUGCAGGCAGAACGAAGGGUCUGGAUAAAUCAAAAUCAAAAGGAUUUGGAAGUCUGACUUCUAUUAAUGAACACGUCGAAGCUAAGAAGAUGAGCUUUAAGAAGAGAAGUAAUUCGAGUGAUAAUGUAUUCAGGACUGCAUGUCCUGAUAAAGUGAAUGCAUUGGAUUUCAAAUUGCCGCCAAUAUUAGUUCCUAUAAUAAACAACCUUACAAGUGGUAAAGUUAAUGAUAACGGAAGGAUAGAUAAUAAAACCAACCUGACCACCAUCGAUGGCGUCGAAACAACCACAGACAGUGAUCCUGACAGCUCAGAGAGUCAUGAGAGUCUUAAGAGCGGUCUUAGGAAUCACCUGAUGAAACCAAACGGACGAGCCUCGUCGAUGGAUUUUGAUAAGACCAAUGGAAUUUCAAAGAGAUAUAAUAAUGUUCUCAAGGGAAAUAGCACUAGGAAUCUGGAAAAAGAUAUACAGAGCCCUGGUGGAAAUCUCUUUAUAAGGACACCAAAAUUCAACAGUCAAGACUCAACAAUAAAUGGUAAUGGUAGACAGAGUCCUGGCAGAAGGUCUUUAGUCAGGAAUGCAAGACCAUUUUAUAGUCAUGAUAAUCAAAGUGAUUAUACAACAAAACAAAUGGUCCAUCGACCAAGUCUUUACUCAUCAAGUUCAAAAACCAGCAGUGUCGAAAGCUGCAAAUCUGUAUUGAGCGAUUCCAGCAGUUCUUCGGUGCCUAGAAUCAUCCUGGAUAAGUCUUUGGAUUUGGAUAAUGAUAAAAGCCGAGUCAAGAGUGCUCAGAUAAAGAAGGUUGUUCAUUACAAAAGUAACAGAGCUGCUACGGCAAGGGCUAAACAUAGAGCAAUGCCUUCAGCAAGUCCACCGCCUCAACCAAGUCCACCAAAGGAAAGAGAGCAAGGUGGAGAUUACCUGGUAGAAAUUGCUGGAAGGUGUCUCAAUGUCUAUGGUCAGGCUGCACUGCGAUUCAUCGAUAGACCCUGGGAUGUUGCCAAAGCUCACGAGGUCAACAUUGUCAAGUUUAAUUAUGUACAAUUCAAUGGGAUCGCAAUGAUUCUAAACAGACUCAAAAACAGAUUUCCAAAUGCGGAACACUUCAUCUUCAAGGAGACUAAUAUCAGUCAUCUAGGUCAGAUAAAUGCUCUUGCCGAAGUACAAGGACUUACCAGUAUUCAGAUUGAUGCUGAAGGCAAUCCCAUCAUCUCUAAAGAUUGGAAAGUCUACGCUGUGUUUCGUCUGGCACACUGGGGUCUUAAGGUUAUAAACAACAAAGAGAUAACUGAUGAAGACAUUGAAAUAGCCAAUCAAGAAUAUUCAGGUUUGACUGAUAUUGUUAUGUGGUCAUUGCCUGAAUCAUUACUUCAGCCGUUACUUCAGAGGUUGCAUCUUGAAAAGGUUCAGAAACAAACUGGAGAACAAAUCACUGCCAAACAAUUCUUGUUUAAAAGCGAUCCUGCGUUGAGAAACGUCGUCGCCAAGGAAGCGCUGCAAUGGCGACGAGGCAACGUCACUCAGGAGGAUCUUAUCUGGAGACACAAAGGAAAGGUUCAUCUGUCAAAUUUAAUAGACGUCACAGUUGACGCUAUUCAAAAAUUACAAAUUCUUGAGAGGGAAUGGCCGAGUAUUCUCUUUGAACUUCUUUGCGACACUCUUCUCGACUAUUCUGAAAUGAAUUCUUAUAUGAAACGUUGCAGCGCAAUGCUUGAGAGUGAUAAAUGAGAUGGGAAUAGUGAACUAAGAAAAAAAAGAAUUAAAAAAAUAUUGACAAUAGCAAAAAAAGAAGUUAGACGCAAAGAGCAACGCUCUUUAAAAUCAUUAAGAAUUUUAGGAAUUUCUAGAAUUUUCAUU